AUGUCAAAGCCAAACAAGCUUUCUUUUGCCUCUAAUUCAUCUGACCAUGAUUCUCAAUCUUCAACGUGUGAUCUCAUUUUCCCUAUCUUUAAAAUAUCAAAAAAGAUCAAAAAAGCUCAUAUUGCUCCGUCAACGAGCCAAAAGGCAUCAGUCUUUUUAACUGCAGUAUUAGAAUAUCUCACAGCUGAAGUUCUUGAUAUAGCAGGAGAUGUUUCUUUGCAAAGACAAAAAAAGUGUAUAAAACCAUCACACAUUAAACAUGCCAUAAGUCAUGAUGAAGAAUUAGGAACAUUAUUAGGUGAUAUAAGCUUAAGAGGCGCUGCAUAUGGAACUGAGCUUGCGAAUGCAACUUCUUCAUGGGUUUGCUUUUUAAUAGGGAGAGCUUGAUAGCCUGACAUCGACUCAGGAAAAUUUUUGAUAAUUCAUGCUUCCUCUACACUAUCGAAAAAUCUCGAUCAAAUUUUUCCAGGGCAACUCUCGCACUAUCCAAAAAUCCGGUCAAAUGAUAUGUAGCCCUUCUUCACAAUCUUUUAGUGAAUCUUCAACAAAUUCUCAUUCCUCUCAAUCUUUAUCUGAUCAAGACUAG